UUGGCGCCAAGAACAAUUGAAGUGGCUGAAAAAUCAAUGAAACAAGAUUGAAUGCUAAAGUGAUUGAUUGGGCUGUCCACGGUCUAAAACCCGCUUUCUUUCUCGUAUUUGGUUUUUCAUUGUUGCCUACCAAAGAGUUGAAAACUCUCGAGGCACAAGCGACAGUAUUAGACGCUGGGUAAUGCCGGGAAGAGACUUAUUUUGAAAGGAAAAUUUUGAAGAGAAAAAAAAAUAAUUCCAUGGGUAUGCUGGAGAAAUAGAAAGAGCGGGAUCGAUCGGGGCAACGAAAAAGAAGUGCUUGCUUUCUGCAACAAAAGGUAGGCUACUAGGCAAGCAAUGUCUGAGGAGGGCAAAAUGGAAUCAAACGAGAAGGUGGAUUCCUCCGCACAUACAGCCGAUGGAGAAGUUAUUGAUGUAAAUGUACAGGAUUCAGAGGCAAAAGAUAUUGAACUCCACCAUGACAAUGAUGGGUUGGACCAAAGUCUGGUUGAUGAUGAGCUUUCGCCACUUUCUGAAGAACCAUUUUACCAUCAUGUUGUUUCAUUCUCACAUGUUAAUAAACUAUGUCACAUGGUGUUUCCUAGCAGACUGCGGUCUGAUCUUCCAUCUAAAACAGUUCCUGCUGUUGUCACUUGUCGUGGAAAAUCUUGGGAGAUGACGUUCUUGGGAGGCAGCCAAAAAUUACGUUUCGAAGUACAAUCUUGGAAACGGUUUGCUAGUGACAAUGGUCUGAAAGUUGGAGACGCGAUUUUCUGGGAAUUAAUGGAGAGCAGUGAUGAGAAGGUGAGCUUUAAAGUUCAAAUAAUUCGAGGUGACUUCCCCAGUGAACUGCAGGCACAAGUGAAUGGUGAGACUGCGGCAACUCCAAUAUUAAUAGAAUAGAAUUCUAAAUCAUGGUUUUGAAAGUUCUAUGAAUGGUAUGCUUUUUCUGACGCUGCUGGUUGAAUACUAAGAAUUUUUUUUUUCCUGUAACAAUGGAUGGAUACCUUGUUCGUGUUUUUUGUAUCCAAGUUUUCGGAGUUCUGGUUUGUUCAUUGGAUUCAUGAUACUGCUUAGAUUAGCCACAGAAUUAAAAUCUUUUU